AAGAUCUUCGGCAAAGUGCUACAUUGGCGCACCUGGAAGACGUCCGAACAGAGAAGCAAAAUCAGGAGACAGAUAUUAUUACUUCCAAAUACAUUGUCAGGGUCGGAAUAUUCAUUCCCGCUACUUGCUUCGGAUGAUCUGCUGUCCACUACCGUAAAAGCUUUCUACACAGUCACUGAAUCUGCAGCAACAAUCGUCCUACUGGUCCGUGAAUCUAGCUGGACUGGAACACUGCACGGCCCGGGUUUCUGCUUCUGGAACAGUCGAUCAGCUUCCAUGAGGUUACAGCGACCUACAUCUGCCAGGCGCUCGUCACAUGUUGACACAGUGACUGAGACAUCGACGAUGGAGAACGGAGAGAUGUCGAAUGAUGCUGGAGCAUGUCGCGUACUUAACAAAGAGGUUCUCAGCAAAGGCAGAUGGGUAGCACUGAAUGAAAUCACCUACACAGAUCCCUCUGGAAAGGAAAGAAAGUGGGAGUCUGCAGAAAGAACUACCAAAAUCAGUGGGGAAUCAGAUGGUGUAGUAAUAAUACCAGUUUUAAAGCGACUGUUAAAGUAUGACUGCGUUGUACUAGUUAAGCAGUUUCGACCACCUGUUGGCACAGUCACCAUUGAGUUUCCUGCAGGACUGAUAGACAGAGGGGAGAGUGCACAGGAGUGUGCUGUCCGAGAACUGAAGGAAGAGACAGGGUUCACAGGUGUUGUGAAACACAUCUCACCAUGUACCACUAUUGAUCCUGGAUUGUCCAACUGCACAGUAAAGAUGGUUACUAUGGAGAUUGAUGGGGAUCUUGCUGAAAAUUACCACCCACGCAAACAUUUAGAAGAGGGAGAAUUCAUAGAAGUGGUACAGAUCCCAAUAGACACCCUGUUAGACAGACUGAACACUCUUCUCAACAAUGGUGUCAUUGUGCAUUCCAUUGUAUACACCUAUGCCAUUGCUUGUGCGCAAACAGCGAAGCCCAAGAUUGUUAUCCCAUAAUUCUUGAGGAACCAGUGUCUCUCACAAUGCCUUAUUGCAUCCAUUGAUGAGUCACUGGUUGGCCUUUUUCUAAAGGCAGGUGAAACUAUUGCCCAGAGACAGCUGCUGCCAUGUUGGGUGGCAAAGUUUACGUGAUGUACUAAAGAACCUGAAAUAUUUCUAGUACAAGAAUGUUUGAUUUGUGCAUCAAGAUUUGAGUCAUUAUUGAAAGCAUCAGUGGCAGCAUUUCAAAACUUACUUUUUAGCAAGCUUAAGUUUAGCCAUCCAUGUGUCAUUAACAAGGGUCCUUUUUAUUGCUAUGGGUAAGAGGCAGAGUUGCUUAGUUUGCAUGUUUAUGAAACUAUAAUUGCUGAAUCUUAUUGCGCAAUAGAUCCCACAAAUUCAGGACAAAUGAGACUACACAUAACUGGCAUUUUGUGUUGAACUUUCAGUAUUUGCCAGUGUGUUGGGGGGCUUUUUUAUGGUAUGCAUGCUGCUUUGUAGGAAAAAAUAAAGUGGCUGCAUCCAAGAA